AUGUCUUUCUGGGAAAUUCCGGGCAUGAAGGCUGGUGUACUCACCGGUGAUUUGGCUUGGUCGCUGGUGGAGCAUGCGAAGAAGUACGGGUAUGCCCUCGCAGCGGUCACCUGCACAAGUACGAGCGCGAUCGACUCCGUCCUUGCAGCCGCGAGGGAGCUCAACCGGCCUGCUGUUAUUCAGUUCUCCGAGGGCGGUUCUGCCUUCAUCGCUGGAAAGUCACUGCCCAACGAACAGGGUGUGAACCAGGCCUCCAUUCUCGGUGCUGUGGCUGGCGCACAUUUUGUCCGCGCUGUGGCGCCCGCAUAUGGUAUUCCUGUGCUGAUCAAUACUGGAUAUUGCGGAAAGCAGCUGCUCCCUUGGUUUGACGGCAUGCUCGAAUCUGACGAGGCAUACUUCAAGCAGUAUGGAGAGACGCUCUUUUCCAUGCACUCCCUCGACUUCUCCCAGGAGCCGGAUGCCGAGAACAUCGAGCUCUGCAAGACGUAUUUCAAACGCAUGUCGUCCGUGAACCAGAUUCUGGAGAUGGGGAUUGGCAUCACCAGUGGCAGCAGCAUCUUCAAGGUGUACCAGGGCCUAAGUCCCAUCUCAGAGAAGUUCACCAUCGCAGCAGCUUGCAAGGCCGGCAGCGUCGUGAAGCCGGAGAUGUUGAAGGACAUGCAGGCGCAUGCCCGCGAGCAAAUCAAGGCAGCAACCGGCAAAGACAUCCAGAAGCCGCUUAGCUUCGUAGUGGGGUCGGGCUUCGAGAAGGAGAAAAUCACAGGAGCCCUUGCUGCCGGUGUCGUGAAGAUGAACGUUGAUAUGGACGCCCAGGGCGCAUGCUGGGAAGGCCUCCAGAAGUUCUACAAGGCCCAGGACGGCAGCCCACAGGCCGAAGACAAGCCGCUGAAGUACUAUGGCCGAAUUUCACUCCCGCCCAACUUGCCCGCGGAUGUCUUGGCUGAGCUCAAGGAGACUGCCACGAAGCUUUGCGCACCAGGCAAGGGCUUCUUAGCCGCCGACGAGUCAGCCGGACCAUGGCUCCGUGCCGGCCAUGCAGAGGCCGCGAAGAUCCCGGAUGUGAUUGAGAACAGGGCCGCCUACCGAUCCAUGUGCUUCUCCACACCAGGGCUCAGCGAGUACAUCAGUGGCGUCAUCCUCCACUGGGAGACCCUCUUCCAGGACGAUGCCGAUGGCAAGUCGAUGGUGGACAUCAUCACUGGCAACGGCAUGAUCCCCGGUAUCAAGGUGGACAAGGCUUACGACAAGAAGGGUAUGUGGGGCACCGAGGUUGGACCUUUGGGACAUCCGGAGGUGUCGACCAAAGGCUUGGACGACCUUCAAGAGCGUUGUGCGCAGGCGUACAAGAAGGGGGCACGCUUCGCCAAAUG